AUGCUUUCCCUUUGGAAACUCACUCUCCUGUGCGGCCUGUUCAUCAGCCCCUCUUGCUGCCUGCUGGAUUCCCUAAGUCCUGUUCUGGGUAAUGUGCAAUCUACUCUGAAUAAGGAAACCCAGCUGGUUUCAGACGCGACUCAAGCGCUUGCUCAGGACCUUAAAGAGGAAUUGGCAAAGGUGAAUCUCUCUCCCGUUGGAAAACUUCUGGAUAAUACCUUAGGAGAUGUUGGGAAUUUGGUUGGCACUACUCUGAAUACUGUGGUCUCCAAGCUCGAAAAACUCCUUGCGAUAAAGGUUCUGGACUCUGAAGUGCUGAAGAUCAAAGCUGAACUGAAUUCUGAUGGCCAAAGUAUCAACCUCAGAGUGCCUGUCAGUGUGACAGUUGGCUUGAAAUUAAGUCCUCUUGUCUCAGACCUUACCAAAGUGAAGGUUGGUCUGGAUAUCCUUUUACGAGCCAACAUUGGGACUGAUGCCACGACUGACCUGUCCGUUGUGGUCCUUGGAGAUUGUUCCAGUGACUCAUCCACCGUCUCUAUAUCUCUUUUGAAUGGCUUGCUAGGUCUUGAGAAAUUAGUCUGGAGGGGCGUAGAUGGUCUCCUAAAGAAAUUACUUCCUAUUGUAGUGGAGACACAGGUCUGUCCUCUCGUCAAGAAUGUGGCAAGCCUCCUGGAUGUCAGCGUAAUUCAGGAACUGACAAGCCAACUUCAAACUCAAGCCAGUGUGGAUAUUCCUUUGAAAUCACUCUUAUGA